AUGAGCCAGUAUUUGGACCACGUCAACGAGCACUUCAAGAUGAUUCCCAAACCGGAUGACGUCUAUUCCAGCCACGACAAUGCUGUAUUGGCUUCUUCGCCUACUGUCAUUUGCCCUCCAUGGUUGAAUGACGCUUUGGUGUCGCCGAGCAACAAGUCAAUUUCGUGCUUUACGACGAAAGACCUGAUGAAUCAAGGCUUCUAUGCGGCAUAUCUUUACAUCUGCAGAGAGAGGUCCAACGAUACAAGGCGCUCCCCCAUGGAAAUGCAGGCGUGUGAUGAUAUCCAUCAUUUGUACCCGUGGACAUGCGACACGAUCGAAAAAACCUACCCCGUGGAAUUUUGGCCGACAGGCCUCAGCGUCGCGGAGAUGGACUGGGCGAUCGCCGAACUCAACGGGUCUUUUCAGUAUGGUCUUGCCCAAUUCCAGCAGGUGCAGCGCAACGAACUCAUUCGCGCCGUCCGAGCGCAUGAGCGCAUGUUGACCGCCGUCGCCAAUUGGGCGGCAUCGGAGCACAUCUGGGCGGACUUAUGUGAAAGGGACGGUUCCAAGGAGCGCGAACGCGCGCUCCGUUACACCACUCUGUACGAGACUCUUCGCGCCGCGACCGAGCAUCUGAAGUCCUUGUGGCCUCGGAGUUCUAGGCACAACGAAGGAUCGUGCCCAUACUGUCCGGCCCCGCGUUGCCAUCCGGCGGCUAGUUCUCUCUCUCUUGUCAUGUACGGACUUUGUAUAUAUAAGCAUCAUAUAAGCAUGUAUUCGAUGUGCGAGAAACACUGUGACUACGAAGACGUCCUGAGAAUCCCCACAACCAUUGGCCUGUUGGUCUUCAUCCACUGA